AUGGCACAUGCUUCGUACCGGUUGAGGAUGCCAAGACUGCCAAGAUGUUCGAAGUUAACCUGGCUUGCGCUCCUGUCGGUUCAGACUGGACUGGGGGCUCUUUGCCCUGACAUCUGCACGGCCACCAUCGACAACUCUCCCUGGCCGUGCAGGUUUGCGAACAACAGCUGCGUGAUUCCGGUCAGCCCCAACGCAGCCCGCGAGAGUGCGGAAGACAUCAACGUGGCAGUCACAGGGCCCUACAGUGGAGCACUGGGGGACCUCAUGACGAUGGUGGAGCCAGCAUUGGAGCUUGCGGCUCAAGAUAUCGAGAUGAGCAACUUUCUGCCGGGCUUUCGCCUCCGAGUGCAUCUCGUAGAUUCCAAGUGCACCAAGCCGGACGCGACCUCUGCGGUGUUCGCAUCAUGCUCCACAGGACCCCCGAAGCACAUCAUCCUGGGCGACUCGUGCAGCGCUGCGUGCGAGUCCGUCAACGAUGCCGCCCGCUUCUUCAACGUCCUGCAGGUGGCGCCGGGCUGUGUUUCCACGACGCUCAGUGAUGCAAACCGAUAUCCUUACUUCACUCGCAUGGCGCCCUCAACACGGUUCAAUGCUGUGGCCAUCUAUGAAUUCAUGAAAUUCGUUGGUUUUAGGAGAGUCGGCGUGUUAUAUGGCUACAGAAGCAUCAACAACAUGAUCAAGGACAUGUUCCUCGAAAUGGUUGAGGCAGAUCUUCAGACAGGUGGCUAUUCUUGGACCAUCCUCCUGACAAGGCAAGUUAGCAAUCGUGCAGAGGCAGGCCGUGCUGUGGAGUUCAUGAAGAUGCGAGAUUCUCGGGUCAAUUUCAUAGCACUGUACGAGGACUUGGGCGCUGUGCUGCUUUGUGAGGCCUUUUCGCACGGCGUCGUCCCGCCAGAUGUCAGCUGGAUGGUCGCUUCUGGGUGGUGGAACACGAAUUACAUUACGUUGCUUGCGCAGUCUCCUGACUGUCCCUGCAGCAGCCAGGAGCUACAUGAAGUUUCGUUUGGCCUUGUGGCUGCUGACCGAGGGCCGAUGCUAAGCACGCAGGACAAGCAUGGCUUGUCUGGGCGAGAGCUCUCGGACAUCCACGACAGGUACACUGCAGGUUGUCGGCUAUUUGCCAACGGCAAUGGCGCAUGCAAUCAUCAGUGGGCCGGCUACUUUUAUGACGGCCUUUGGCUCGUAGCUUCUAUUUUGCACGCCUACUUGGUGGAUGGGAAUCGAUCCAUUAGCGACUUGGGUACAAACUACUCCAGGGAGGCUUUGUACAACCUUUCUUUGCAUCAGGAUUUCAUGGGUUUGACCGGCAGGGUCCGGCAAUUCAAUGGCAUCGAGCCCACGACAGAUCCUGCAUCCUACGGAGACAGGGAAGGUAUCAUCCUUCUGCGCCAGGUGACAGGCCCGGUUGAGGAUGCAUUUACCGUCCUUGCGCAUCGCUCGGCUGCUGGAUUCCAUUUCCUCAAUGAUGUCCUUUGGAGUCAGCAAGAUCUCAGCCAUAGCAUCCCGUGUGCUGCGGGAUCCUGUGACCUCACAGCAGGUUGGGUGCCGGCCGAUCAGGACAGCCGUUGCGCAGGCGGGAAGGUUUGGAGCAACGAGCUCGGAUGUGUAGGUUGCCCUGCUGGAAGUUACAGCACUGCAUCGCAAGCAAGCUGCUUCCCUUGCCCUCGUGGCAGCUACAGCAAUUCCAGUGGAACGGCCAGCUGCGAGCCAUGUCAUCCGGGCAGCUCUGGCAUCAUAGAGGGGCUCGUGCAUUGCGUGGACUGUCCUCUCGGAUACUUCAUGAAUGACAGUGGUGCCGAAGAGUGCAGGAAAUGUCCUCGCAACUCAUAUGCCGACAGCCGCGGGCUGUCGCUGUGUAAGCCAUGCCCUGAAGGGAAAAGUAUCGAGUUCGAAGGAGCGACAGAGCUGUCGAUGUGCACUUGCAAAGGGUGGCUUUGGUUAGGGCAAUGUGUCUUGUGCCCAUAUGCCACGCGAUUCGAAGAGGGGUCUUGUAUCCAGUGUGCCAUGGACGAGAUCUGUGAAGAUGGUCGAGUUGUAGGACAUUUGCCUUCAAAGUGGGAGUGGGCACAGAGCAUAGAGCAUGCUGGGCAUCUGCCCCAGCUGUCACAAAGUUUGGCGAAGCAGCUCUUGCUGGUGGUUGCGGACGUGAGAUCCGAGGAGAACCAACUUUCCCUGACACAGGACAUGGCAAGCUUUGAUUGGAUCAUGCAGGCCCUCAUCUCGGGCAACAACACGCUGGGAAUCGUCGCCGCCCCGAAUGAGGACGUAGCUGAUGCGCUAUCGCUGACUGCCGCCUUGUGGGCGAGCUUCAGUGGCCUGUUGGGCAGAAAUCCAACCAGCGCGGUCUUGCACGAGGUGUUUGAUCAGAACAUACUGCUGCUUGAUGCUUCGCAGAAUGUCCUCCAUGCUUUGCUCGAAGCUGCAAGGGCCGCAGGCUAUUCAGGAAGCCUCGUGGCAGAAAUCGCUGAGUCUCAGAUGAUGCUUGUCGAAAAAAUCUGCAAGGAGAGCUUGUUUGUCGCAGCAGACAUUCGGGUGGGCAGGGCUCUGCAGAGACUUGCGGAGGCCAAGGAGCAUUAUGAGGCAGCCCAUGAGGCUCUGGUGUUGGGAGUGGAGGCCGCAAACAUCCCGAGGCUGACGAGCAUGUGCACCAUGCAUAAGAUGCGGGAUGUGACCUACUACGCCAAGGAGGUGCAUCGACGGGUCCGAGCGAUCUUGAACGCCCGCAACCGGGAGGAGACUGUUCUUCUGGCACAGGGGUUCCGAAACGACAUGUCUGUGGUCGUGGACCCGCUCUCCCAGGCCAUGUCGUCGGCCGUGCACCUCUUCGUGUUGGAUGAGGGCACCUGCAACCCGCUGGCAACAACCUCGCAGGAGCAAUGGAUGCAUUUGGCGCGCGGACUUGCCGAACAGCGAGUGGCGAGUCAAGGUGUCUUCCGCUACUUCAUGCAGGUGGUCCAUGGAAUCGACGUGGCUUCCAGCAAGGUCGACCUGGCGGUGCAGCUCGCGAAGAACAACAACCAACUGCUUGGACUGGUUCAAGGGAGCAGGGAGGAAGACAUUCCUGCUCCUCCCACGCAGGAGUUGCUGUCCCAGCUUGUGAAACUGCAUAUUGCCUGGCAACAUAUGAACAAGGUGCUGUCAGAUGCCGUGCAUCAGGAUGAGAUUGCCGAAGUUGACAUCACAGAGGUCGAAGUCUACAACCAGGAGUUCUUGAUGGAUACAGACCUUGUCAUGGAGCUGUUAGCUGCGGUACACCACUGCCCAACCCUCGGCAUCCUAAACGUCACCAACUAUCAGGCCGUAGCCUUCGACAGGCUCUUUACUCAGACCGCUCUCAUCAGCUAUGGCCAUGCGGGCGAGAACUUGGAGGAGCUGAAUCACACCCGCUCGGCCUUCCAUGCGGGCUACGAGAAUUUGCUACAAGGAGCGACUGCCCAGGAGGCCGGUGCCGAUUUGCGGCCAGUGGAGGAUGUGUGCGUCGUGAGGGCCAUGGCUUCAGUCGCCCGCUUUUUUCACCUUUUGGAGCAGGAAUUCCUGGCGGUCCUUGCUGGAGCUGGCUCUGACGGCCUUCGGAGGAUGAUGGCGCUAAGCACAGAAGGCAUUUCCCACAUGGCAUCAGCCUCAGACCUCUUCUUGAAGUACUACGCGAACCAGUCCAGCGUGACUUGCCAAGACGCGCUUCUCUCCACCACAGAAUGGCUGCAGCUGAUCGAGCACAUCUCCUUGCUGGCGGGAUUGGGGGAAGAUGCUUCUUCCGCUUACAUGUUGACGGAUGGCAGCAAAAGCAGCAACCAGGAAGCUGUGGAUUCAAAGAUGCAGGAGAUGGCAAGUGCACUGCGUGAUAUGAAGUUUGGUGCUGCAGACCCUCCCCUGCCACCACCGCCAACCCAAGCUUUGUUCGACAAGAGCGCCAACGGUAUUCACAAUGCGCUAGAGUCUUUCAGGAUGGCUUUAGUGGGCGCUGACCGCGCUGCAGUUCUUACUUCAUGUGAUGACUUCUUGUCGGAAGUGCACCAGAUGGAAGACGACUAUGUUCAAGCAGCACAGGCCACACACCCAAGGUGGCCAGGGGCUCGUGUUCGCGUGGCCAGCUGGCAGACAGUGCUUGCCAAGAAAAUCUUCAAGGAGUCCUUGCUUUCGACAAACCUCAGGAGGCCAGGUGUCUUGGCUGCCACGAUCACAGAGUUCGACACAGCCCACCAGCGAUUGCGGCAUGGUGACAGUGGUGGUGGAGGUCUUUCAGGCAUUAGCAAUGAGCGGCAGGACCUCUACCGGCAGUGGCAGAAAGUCGAUGAUUUGUGGUCCGACCUGAAGCAGCAUGUUACUGGCCAGACUAGCAGCACAGAAAUAUUGAGAGCCACACUGCAACAGCUGGAGCAGGAGUUGCACAUCCUGGUGUCACUUUGUGGUGUGGUGGAUCCCCCGGCAACAGAGAAAGGCACAGGCCUAGUUGUGGCUAUUUUUGCGGUGGUAAGCAGCAUCCUGGCAUUUUGUGCUUGUUGUGGCCCGCUCUUAGAGUACAGCCGCCAAAGGCGAGCAAGGAGGAAGCAACAAGAACAUGCCCAUGCCAAAGUAGGAAUUCAAUCUGGCUUUCCGGCCUCUCAGGACAAGCCACGAAAUGAUAUCACCGGCAUUGUCUAG